AUGGUGGAGGCCGACCGCCCCGGGAAGCUCUUCAUCGGGGGCCUCAACCUGGAAACGGACGAGAAAGCUCUGGAGGCGGCGUUCGGCAAGUACGGCCGCAUCAUCGAGGUGCUCCUCAUGAAGGACCGCGAAACGUCCAAGUCCCGCGGCUUCGCGUUCGUCACCUUCGAGAACCCCGCCGACGCCAAGGCGGCCUCCAGAGACAUGAACGGCAAGUCCCUGGAUGGUAAGGCCAUCAAGGUGGCGCAGGCCACCAAGCCGGUGUUCGAGAGCAGCCGACGGGGCCCGCCGCCGCCGCGCAGCCGCGGCCGUCCGAGGGGCCUGCGCGGAACCCGCGGCGGCGGCCCGCGGAGACCCCCGUCCCGCGGCGGCUCUGCCGACGACAACGGCGGGGGCUACGCGGCCGACUUCGACCCGCGGCCGUCGCGCACGCCCGUGCCGGUGAAGCGGGGCCCGCCGCCGCGCAGGCCGGGGCCCCCGCCCAAGAGGGCCGCGCCGUCGGGCCCGGCGCGCAGCGGGGGAGGCGCGGGGCUGCGCGGGCGCUCGGCGGCGGCGGCGGCGGCGGCGUCGCGUGGUCGGGACGACUACGCCGGCCCCGCGCGCCGCGAGCUGCCGCCGCCGCCGCCGCGCCGCGACCCGUACGCGGGCCCCCGCGAGGAAGGCUACUCGCCCCGGGAGAGCUACUCGAGCCGCGACUACGCGAGCGGCCGCGACUUCGCGCCCUCGCCGCGCGACUACACCUACCGCGACUACGGCCACUCGAGCGCGCGCGACGACUGCCCGUCCCGGGGCUACUGCGACCGCGACGGCUACGGAGGACGCGACCGCGACUACGCCGACCACCCGGGCGGGGGCGGCGGCGGCGGCUCCUACCGAGACCCCUUCGAUGGCUACAGCGACCCGCGCGGCCCCGCACGUGGACCGCCGCCGUCGUACAGCGGAGGCCGCUACGACGACUACCGCGCCGUCUCCCCGGAUGGCUACGGAGGCCGAGACGGCUACGGAGGCCGCAGCGAGCGCUACUCGGGAGGCCGUGAGCGGGUGGGCCGGCCGGAGCGCGGGCUGCCGGCGUCCAUGGAGCGGGGCUGUCCGCCCUCGCGCGACUCUUACAGCCGCUCGGGCCGCAGGGCGCCCCCUAGGGGCGGAGGCCGCCUGGAGCGGGGCGGAGGCCGCAGCAGGUACUAG